AUGCGCGCCCGCCCUCCAGUCGCCUACCGGCUCAGGCCGGCGGCGAGGGGCUGCCGGUUGGGCGCGCAGGCCUGUGCGCCGGCUGGCUGCGCCGCUGCUGCUCCCACGGCGCUUCGCUCAGGAGGCUUUGAAUCGGGCUCACCUCUGCACUGCCGCGCAGCUGGCGGCCUCCAGUCGCGGGAGACGCGAGGAACGGGCAGGGACGGCGAGCAGAACUUCGCACUGCUCCAGCGACGGGCGCUCGCCUCGAGCAGCCGCGCUCAGCGGAGCCCGAGGCGCGCGCCGCCCAAGACGGACGGCGGCCCCCCUGCAGCAGCGCGCAGGAACGCGGCCGUAGACAGGUUGACGAGCAAUAUACACGACAUCUCCGACAUGAGCCCGCACGUCCUGACGGCGGCAGCCACAGCCGCUGCAAAAAGCGGGAUGAAGGGUCACUGGACGGCGUGCGUGUCUCGCGCGUUUGAGCUGCGUAAGGGUCUCAGCGUGCGGGAUGCCGCCCUUCUUUUCUCUGCCGCCACGCGUAUGCGCGCACAGGACGGCCGGUUCCUCGACAUGCUGGCUGGCGUUAUUCUUGCAAAAUUCCAGAGGGCGCGCGAACAGCAGGCGCUGCAGGAGCAACUCCGAGACCAACGAUGGAGGCAGAGAGCGCAGGGCGCGUGGGCUCCCGAGUCUCCGCGCGGCGACUCGGGACUGCGCUCCACGACGCCCGCUGCCGACGGUCGAUUGCCCCCGUCUUCGCCCCCCGCCCCUGCUUCCGAUCCUGCGAUCUGGCAGGGGGAGUCUUUUGGAGCGGUUUCCAUUUCGGCGGCCGCGUCUUCUCGGGCGCUCUCUCCAUCGCAAGGAUGCACUUUGUCUGACCAGGAACCUGGCUCGCGUUCCCGCUCGGCUGCUUCCCUGUCGCCCUCACGAUCCUCUUUCCCUCCCGCGCCGUCCGCUACGGGGACUCUGACGCCGCAGGCGCGCAAAGCAGAGUCGCCCAUCGCCGCAGCGUUUUCGCCGUUCGCCGUCUACUCUGUUGCCGUCUCCUGCGCCACGCUGCGCUAUUUCAACGAAGAGCUGCUGACUGCCUUGGCGGCCUGCGCGACCCACGUGCCGCUCUCGAGUUUCAGCGGCUUCGAUCUCGUCGGCCUUCUGGCUGCCUUCGCCUCGCUGCGUUUCCUGCCUCCAGAGACCUUCCUCAGACAGGCGCACGCGCUUCUAAGAGACGAAAUGCGGCAGUGGAGCUCUGCGCUGCAGCGCAGGUAUCCGCUCCCGCCCCAGAGAACGGAGGCCGCGGACAGCCCCGCCAGCGGCGCACACCGUGGUGCAUCGCCGCACGGCGCGUCCGUGGAGGCCCCGCCCCCGCGCGCGUUUCCGUCAGGGAAGAAGGAAAUCCGUGCUCAUCCCCGGCGCGAGUGCCCAAGUUCCGGCGACCCCGAAGAAGCUGCCUUCGCCCCUGCUCGUUCCGCUAGCACUUCGAGUCACACCGGCUCCCGAGGGCUGGCGCUGGGUAGAGAGCUGCCCCUAGAGGACGCCGUAACUCACGGCAACCUUCCGGAAAGGCAGACAGUGAAUCUGGCUGCCGUCCUGCACUCGAUGGCGAGGUUUGCGGAACUGAGUGAUGGGGCGGCCGCGCGAGGCAGCCGCUCGAGACGGGAGACCGACGUCGAGGGAAAGUCGAUCCACUCAGACUCAAAGAAACACAUCCGGGAGCACGGGACAGCAGACGGAGGUGAGCGCUCUGAGUUCUUCAAAGAUUGCCUUACCCUAAUUCAGGACCAUCUCCACAUCCACCUUCGGCACCUUCCUGCAUCAAUCGACAGGCGCCAGCCGGUCCCUGCCUUUCUCGCGGGGAGCGGGUCUCUAACUGCUUUUCAGAAACUCGAUAGUGAUGCAGGCGCCCACGCGGCGUCAGUCGAGCCUCAUUUGCUGGCUGCUUGCCCUCGCUAUAACUUUGCGUUUUCCCUGACCUCUCUUCGCGAUCUGUCUGUCAUCGCUAGUGUCCUCAACUUCCUGCCGUCUCUAGCCUGCUGCGCCUCCGUAAGAUGGCAUCCUUCGCGACCGGCAUCUUCUGUGGUGCACGCAAUCCUGGACGACUUGGCGAUCCUUGCGCCUCGCAUCGUGGAGCGCUCUGCGCAGCGAGAGACUGCGUCGGGCGCUAUCGGCUUCAAUGCGAGGGAAUCAAACAGCGGCGAAUCCAGUCGCUUGCCUCAGUCCACUUCGUCUCCGCCCUCCUUUGCUGCAGAGGGCAACAUGCAAGGGGCGCGGGGCGGCAGCGACUCAGCCAGUGACGCAUUCUGCCACCUGGUCAGGCCGCACUCUCAGCUGCCCUCUUCUUCGUCACCGGCGGCGUUCCUGUCGCUUCUCUCGAUCGCCCGCGCGCACUCUCGACUCCAGCCCGCACUUCGGCCGCAGGAGCCUCUCCUUUCGCAGUGUCUUCUGGAAAUGCUACGGCACCCGUCUGCGCUCACGCCUGUGCGAUUCGUUGCGCUCUGGCGGAUUUUUUCGUCUUUGAGUCCGCGAACGGCAGAGGACGUUGCCGCACUACGCGGCCGUCCCCGGGGUCCGUCUGCAGCCGGUCAGAGCGUGGAACCGCCUGCUGAGCCUGAGCAGCCACGCUCGGCGGACGCCGCUGCUGAGGCGUCCUUCUACGAGGCUUCGCCUCACGCAGGCACCCGGGGCGAAGCAGGCAGGGCCGGAGUGACCGCGCUGGGACGUGCAGCGUUUGGUUUCCUUUGCCAGCAUUCCGAGCGAAUGCUUUCUUCGUGCACCAUCUCCCAGCUGGCGUCAGUUGCGUCGUCGCUGCUCGCUUACGAGCCGCUGCUUCAAGCUCCGAGCCACACGCAGGGGGGGCCUUCUAGUGCGUAUACGGCGCAGGCCACCUUCAUAGCGAACGGGAUUCGCCGGCGCCUCCUGGAGCUCUACCAGAUGCAGGCGCGACAUGGGAGUGAGGCGGCGCAGGCUGGUGAUGAGGCAGACGGCGGUGCGCCUGAAGCUCCGAGAGGCAACCCUGACGCGAGGACGCAGACGCGCGUGUGCAACUCUUCCGCAGGGGAGCGAGAGAAUGCAGAUCAGCUUCUGAGGGCUGCGCGGAAGGGUGCUCCAGCGGCGGAAGGGCUCUUAGAACGCCCGCAGCAGGCGGUGUGGCUGCUUGCCGUCCUCGGCCGCUUUACUCCGGAGAGCGCUCAGUACGCCGCUCUUCCACUCCUCACUGCACUAUGCUCCGGAGCCGCGAACGCGAGUCACGCAAAUGAUCAAGCUCGAGCUGGUGCGCGAGACGGCACUUCAUUCCUCGCCGACACGGAUUACGAGGCACUGCAUCUGAGCCGCAGAGACGCGGCCGCGGUGGAUGACCUGCGCCCUCCCUUCAUUUCUCCGCUGGUGCGCGCUUUGAGUGCGCAGGAAGUUGCUGUACUGCUGCGCGCAAUGGCGAGGCUGCAUCUGCGGCACAUCCGGCUUCUUACGCAGGUCUGCUUCCACCUGUCAGCCGCGCUCGACGGCGAGAAUGCAGCGAUCGACGGGUCGGCGGAAUGCCGCCCCAGCGUGCAUGCGGAGGGUGACUCAACGUCCGUUGCUGAUGUGGCGCAUACUGCGGCGACCCCCCUUGCCUCCGGCCGCGCCAGCGCAGCGUCCCUUGCAAGUCUGCUGCUUGCCUUGGCAAAGCUCUCUUUCCAUCCUGCUUUGCUGGAUGCGCCGACGUAUUCCGCGGGGGCGCCUUCGCGGGCGUCGUCUCCGCAUUCCGUGUCUCGAAAUGCGGGUUCUGGCGGGGUCUUCUCCCGCUCAGGGAUGAGCUCCGAGGCACCUGCGGAAGCUGCUGCGUUCUCUUGGACCGCGGUUAUGCGUGAACUCACUUCCCGCUGCCGACGGCAGCUGUUGGGGUCUCUGGACGCACAUCCGGCGGCGGCGACUCUUGAGGGCCGAGCCUCUGCCUCAGGCAUGCUGGAGCAGCUUCCACUGAGCCGAUACGUUGCAGAUAGUGAGGCGGCUUCGGCGCCAGCUGCAGAGGGGGAAGUGACUCUGUUCACCGCAGUGAAUGCGCUGUACGCAUUCGCUUUGGUUGACUUCGCGGACUGCUACAGCGCCUGUGCUAGCCGCGGAGGUGACGCGCCGCCGCCAGCGGACAGUGCGACGGGUGAAGCCAGCGCCGCGCCGAGGGGGCAGACUACUUCCGAGCGACGAGCCCAUUGGCCUACCCGAGGUGGCUGCGGCUCGCUGAUGUCAGAGGCUGCAACGGCUCUUGUGGCUGUUUGUCAACGACACUUGCUCGGCAGCGCCACGACAAGAGGAACGUCUCUCCCUAACCCGGCUGAAGAGGGGGAUGCGAAAGACAUGGCGGGGGCGGCAUGGCCUUGCGAAUCGAGCCUCAAACUGCUCGCUGAGAAAGCGUCUGCGGAAAUGCCUAGGAUCGAGCUCAGCAGAAAAUCUCAGGGCUCAGUCGAGACUUUCACUCAGCUCAUCGCAGUCCACGCCGCCCUUGACCGACUGCGCGCCAUCCCCGGCGGCGCCGGCGAGGACGUGGGCGAGCCCUCUGGAGAAGAGAGAAGCACUGCGGCUGCGUUAAACCAAACAGAGGAACUUGCGGAUCUGGGGCAGCAUACCUUGCUCUCGCCGCACGCCAUGGCAGUUCUCCAGAUGGCGAGAGAGCAGGGGGAGCGCGGGCUCCGGGCAGGGCAAGCUCCUGCCCCUGCCACACUCGCGACGUCAGCUUUUCACCGUCAAGCUAUGAUGGCUUUGGAGGCGGCGCUUUCCGAGGAGUUUUUGACGGAGGUUCCGUUCCUUAGCGGCGUCUUUUAUAUCGACUGCGUGCUGCACGAGAGGCGCCCGCCGGUGGCGCUUGAGUUCGACGGACCUCUGCAUUUCUACCAUCCUGCAUCGUUUCCUCGCAGUAACGGCUCCUACGGACAAGAUUCAGGCGGAGGAUCUGACCGACAGCGGGCGCUCGGGGGGUCGCUGGAGUCGCAAGGGGGCUCGCGGAACGACGGAGUCGGCUCUCGUGAAGAGGCGGAAACCGGCAGACGGCCUCUAACGCAGCGACAGCCGCCGGCGGAAGGGGGCGGACACGGCCGUCGGGCUGAAAAAGACGAGGGCGCGCUGCAGUCCCGUCGCGCUCCACCCCAGAAGCGCAUGCCGUACACCAGCUUAAGCCUUUUUAAGCAGCGACUUCUAGAAAGACACGGCUUUCGAGUGGUUCGAAUUGCCUACUCCGACUGGCUGCGACUGGACGGCGAUCUGGAGAAACAGAAAGCGUUCCUUAUUCAAGCGAUAUCGAGCCCUCUGGACUGA